AUGUCGCCCACCGCACCCCCGAUUCUCGACUUCUCGCCCUUCUACGGCGGCGACAGCGCGGCCAAAGCCCGGCUGGUCGAGACCAUCCGCAACAGCUGCCUCUACAAUGGCUUCUUCCAGAUCACCGGCCACCGCGUCCCUCUGGAACUACAGCGUCGGGUGAUGGGCUGCGCCCGACGGUUCUUCGACCAGCCGCUGGAAGAGAAGAUGAAGAUCGACAAGAACCUCAACUCCUUCAACCGCGGCUACGAACUCCUCCGCUCGCAGAUGCUCGAAGUCGGCACAGGCCCGGAACUAAAAGAGGGACUGUACAUCGGCCAAGAGAUCCCAGAAGACCACCCCUACUACCUGCAGAAGAAGCUGAACAGCGGCCCGAACCAAUGGCCCCCCAACGUCGAAGACAAGGAGGAGUUCCAGCGGACCUCAAUGGAAUACUAUAACGCCGUGUUCGACCUGGCCAAGGACGUGCUCGCUCUGCUGGCCCUGACCCUGCACGUCGGCGAGGACUACUUCGACCCACUGACCAACGGCGCCGUCGCCACGAUGCGAAUGCUGCACUACCCGGCGCAGCCCAAAGACGGGGACGACAAGCUGAACCGGGGCAUCGGCGCCCACACGGAUUUCGGAUGCAUCACGCUGCUGCUGCAAGACGAGGUGGACGGGCUGCAGGUCUUGGAUGUGCCUAGCGGCGAAUGGUUGGAUGUCCAACCAGUCCCCGGCGCCUACGUAGUCAACCUGGGCAACCUAUUCAUGCGAAUGGCCAACGACCGCUACAAAUCGAACAUCCACCGGGUGAUCAACAAGUCCGGGCGCGAGCGAUACUCGAUCCCGUUCUUCUUCAGCGGAAAUCCAGACUACCUGUGCGAGUGCCUGCCGAAUUGCCGUGCGGCGGACGAGGCGCCCAAGUAUCCGCCCAUCACGGUGGAGGAGAUGGUGACGGCGUCGUAUAAAGAGAGUUAUGGACGGGCCGAGAAGUAUAAAAGGGAGAUGGAGGAGCAGGGCAAGAUGAAGAUCGAGACGGUGGCAAGGGCGGCUACGGCGGCGGUGGGUGCAAUGGACGGCAUCGAGCACGAGCAGAAGAGCGAUCCGGUGCAGAAUGACACCCUCAGUGUGUCAGGGGAGGAGACGAAGGGGGUCAUCCUGGACGAUGUCGAUACCCAGCAGUUCUAUGGCACGUCGACUACGCAGGCGUACCGGCUCAAGUCGGAGUUGGUGGGACAGUGCAUGGAGGAGAUCGGGAUGGGACGGUUCCAAUGGAAGCUGUUCGUCGUGACUGGGUUUGGAUGGAUUGUGGAUAAUUUCGCCUCGCAGGGCAUCAGCAGUGUGCAGCCCCCGAUCGAGCUCGAAUUCCCCGGCAUCGUGCAAGUCAGCUACAGCUCCGUGGCAUACUAUACCGGACUGAUUCUCGGGGCGUCAUUUUGGGGAAUAUCCAGUGAUUUGAUCGGACGGAAGCCCGCGUUCAACUUCACCCUGCUGAUCGCGGGCAUCUUCCUGUGCGGUGCGGCCGGGACGAUGAACUUCGUGGCCUUCAGUGCCAUGUGGGCGGUCAUUGGGACAGCAGCGGGCGGGAAUGUCCCAGUGGAUUCGAUGAUAUUCCUGGAGUUUGUGCCGGGGAGCCACCAAUACCUGCUCACUGCCCUCUCCGCGUGGUGGAACCUGGGCCAGUUGAUUGUCUCGCUGCUCGCCUGGGUCUUCCUGGCCAACUUCAGCUGCCCGACGGAUUCAACGCCCGCGACCUGUCAUCGCAGCGAGAACAUGGGAUGGAGAUACACCCUCAUCACCCUCGGUGCCCUAUCCCUCGCAUUCACCUUCAUCCGAGUCUUCGUCUUCAAGCUCCCCGAAACACCCCGCUACCUGCUCUCCAAGGGACAAGACCAGGCCGCCGUGGACGCAGUCAACUACGUCGCCCGCCAGAACGGCAAGCCCGAGCCGUUGAGCAUCGGGAUGUUCCAGGAGAUCGACGCGCGCCUGGGCCUCGCAGCGGGCGAAUCUCCCACCCAGGGCACGGGGCUAUCGACGAAAGAAAUCCUCAAAGAGAACAUGAAGGACUUCCGCUCGACGCACUACCAGGCCCUCUUCGCCACCCGCAAACUGGGCAUCCACACCGCGAUGAUCUGGUUCAUCUGGCUGACCAUCGGAAUCGCCUACCCCCUAUACUUCAACUUCCUCCCCUCGUACCUGGCCAAGAAGUUCACCUCGGACUCCUCCCUCGACCUGACCUACCGGAACUACUGUAUUGAGUCGGCGGUCGGCAUCGUGGGCCCCAUCUCCGCCGCCUACGCCGUCACCACCUUCCUCGGCCGGCGCUGGAUGAUGGGCAUCUCGUCCAUCGUGACAGGAGUCUUCCUCUUCGCCUACGUCGGCGUCAGCAACCCAACCUCCAGUCUGGCGUUCGCUUGUGUCACGGGUAUACUCGGGAACUUCGGUGUGUCUCCACCCAUCCCCCUCCCCUUGCUAGAAUACGCAAUCAUGUACGCCUUCACGCCCGAAUCCUUCCCCGCGCCGCAUCGCGGGACAGGCACAGGCACCGCGGCAUCACUCCUCCGAUUCGGGGGUCUCUGCGCGAGUCUCAUCGCGUCGCAUACGGGGUUCACGACGGCGCCGAUUUACGCGAGUGCGGCGCUGUGGGUGGCUGUCGGGGUGUUUUGUUUCGGGUUGCCGUUUGAGACGCAUGGACAUUCGGCUAUAUAA